AUGAGCAGCCGACGGAAACGUGCUCCCCCAGUGAGGGUAGAUGAGGAAAAGCAACAGCAGCUUUGCUGGAAUAUGCAUGAGGACAGAAGGAAUGAACCUCUCACCUUAACUGAUGACGAGCAGUCCUGCCCAGGUUUGGACCCCUCUCCUGCUCACCGCAUCAUCCUAGAUGACAGUCUAAAGGAAGAAGUGGCUCACAGAGCAAAGAGGAGAUGUGCCGAAGCCGUGAGCAUCUCAAAAUCAAUUGAUAAAGAAGAGACUGGUGGCAUUUUUUCCCCUUUGUCUGUAAAACUGAAUAUUGUAAUUUCUCCCUAUCACUUUGAUAAUUCUUGGAAAGCAUUUCUAGGAGAAUUCACUCUUCAGCUUCUUCCUGAACAGUGUUUAAUUGAAAAUUUUUCUGAAAAGAGUUUUACACUGACAAGUUCCGAGCUGAGCAAUCAGUUCCUGAUCUAUGUUCAUUCAGGAUGUGAAAAUGUAAAGAAAAAAGAAAGAGGACUCAAUGAGCCAGUCAGUAUCUGUGACAAGGGAAUUCAAGUGGAGUCGUCCUUCAGCAGUGAAAUGUUAGAAGAUUUGGGAUGGCUGCAAAAGAAGAAAAGAAUCAAACUUUACCAAAAACCAGAAGAAAAUAACAUUAUCAAGGUUGGAAUUUAUCUUUUGGAAGCUGGCCUAGCAAAACCAGAUUUUCUGAGUGAUGCAAGUUCAAGAAUGAAAAAGUUCAAUCAACUCAUGAAGAGAGUGAUGGAAAAGCUAUACAAUUUUAUUAUUCCAGAUGUGUUGGAAGAGGAUGAGGAAGGUUCCGAUAGUGAGCCAGAGGGACAGGACAUUGAUGAACUCUAUCACUUUGUGAGGCAGACACAUCAGCAAGAAACUCGGUCCAUCCAAGUGGAUGUCCAGCAUCCUGCUCUGACCCCUGUGUUGAGACCGUACCAAAGAGAGGCUGUCAACUGGAUGCUACAACAGGAGCAUUUCAAAAGCACCCCUGCUGAAAAUACCCUACACUUUCUAUGGAGAGAAAUUGUUACAUCUGAGGGUUUGAAACUCUACUACAAUCCAUACACAGGCUGCAUCAUUCGUGAGUACCCAAAUGCUGGACCACAGUUGCUUGGUGGGAUCUUAGCAGAUGAGAUGGGUCUUGGAAAGACAGUGGAAGUUUUGGCUCUGAUUCUGACACAUACUCGACAAGAUGUCAAACAAGAUGCUCUCACUCUUCCUGAGGGAGAAGUGGUAAAUUAUUUCAUUCCAUCCCGUUAUUCUGGCGGAAAUAUAAAAAAGACAGAAACCCAGAAUAUGGAAUUUGAACCAAAAGAAAAAGUUCAGUGCCCCCCUACACGGGUGAUGAUCCUGACAGCUGUUAAAGAAAUGAAUGGAAAAAAAGGAGUUUCUAUUCUUUCCAUCUACAAAUAUGUCAGUUCUAUAUAUAGAUAUGAUGUUCAGCGGAACAGGAGUCUUCUAAAACGGAUGCUCAAAUGUUUAAUUUUUGAAGGCCUUGUGAAACAGAUCAAAGGCCAUGGUUUUUCUGGUACUUUUACACUGGGGAAGAAUUACAAAGAAGAGGACAUACAUGAUAAAACGAGAAAGCAGGCAGUCGGGAGUCCAAGAAAAACUCAGAAAGAAUCCAGAAAAUCAGGAAACAAGGACACAGACUCUGAAUAUUUGCCAUCAAAUACCUCUGAUGAUGAUGAUGAUCCUUACUAUUAUUACUGUAAGCCCAGGAGAAACCGUAGUAAGUGGAGGAAGAAACCUGCUCUGUCCACAAAAAGGGAAAAAAGCCAGCUGAGCAUCAGUCUCAGCCCACAGGAUCACUGCCCACCUACCGCUAACUCUGAAAUUACUGAUGUUACCACAUCUGAAAGUACAUGUGUCUUUGAAGUCAGUCAAGAACAUUCAGCCAAGGACAAAGCUGAAUCUCUAAAUCCUGUUGGUGAUGACAUGCCACACUCCAAUAUCAUGGGUCCCUGUAAUUCUCCCGAUUACCGCUUUGAGUGCAUAUGUGGUGAACUUGACCAGGCAGACUGUAAGCCUCGUGUUCAGUGCCUGAAAUGCCGCUUGUGGCAACAUGCAAAAUGUGUGAAUUAUGAGGAGAAGAAUCUGAAGGUUAAACCUUUCUACUGCCCCCACUGCCUUGUUGCAAUGGAGCCAGUAUCUACAAGAGCAACUCUGAUCAUCUCCCCCAGUUCCAUCUGUCAUCAGUGGGUGGAUGAAAUCAACAGGCAUGUGAGGUCAUCAUCUCUUCGAGUCUUGGUAUAUCAAGGAGUGAAGAAAGAUGGUUUUUUACAGCCUCAUUUUUUGGCAGAACAGGAUAUAGUCAUCAUUACUUACGAUGUCCUCCGUUCAGAACUGAACUAUGUAGACAUCCCACACAGCAACAGUGAGGAUGGGCGUCGCUUAAGGAACCAGAAGCGCUACAUGGCUAUUCCCAGUCCUCUUGUAGCUGUGGAGUGGUGGAGAAUCUGCCUUGAUGAAGCUCAGAUGGUCGAAUGUCCUGCUGUAAAAGCUGCAGAAAUGGCUCAGCGCUUGAGUGGGAUUAACCGCUGGUGCAUCAGUGGCACUCCGGUACAGAGAGGAUUGGAAGAUCUUUUCGGGUUAGUGGUAUUUCUCGGUGUUGAACCUUACUGUGUCAAACACUGGUGGGUUCGACUUCUCUAUCGUCCUUAUUGCAAGAAGAAUCCUCAUUUCCUCUACAGCUUUAUUGCCAAGAUAAUGUGGAGGUCUGCAAAGAAAGAUGUGAUUGACCAAAUCCAGAUACCCCCACAGACAGAAGAAACCCACUGGCUUCACUUUUCUCCAGUGGAAAGACACUUCUAUCACCGUCAGCAUGAGGUGUGCUGCCAGGAUGCAGUGGUAAAACUCAGGAAGAUUUCCGACUGGGCUCUGAGGCUCAGCAGCCUGGACAGAAGGACUGUCACCUCCAUCCUGUAUCCGUUGCUGAGGCUCCGGCAGGCCUGCUGCCACCCACAGGCGGUUCGUGGCGAGUUCUUGCCACUCCAAAAAAGCACCAUGACAAUGGAGGAGCUGCUGACAUCCCUGCAGAAGAAGUGUGGCACUGAAUGUGAAGAGGCCCAUCGGCAGCUAGUCUGUGCCCUCAAUGGUUUAGCAGGCAUCCACAUCAUUAAAGGCGAGUAUGCUUUGGCAGCAGAACUAUACAGAGAAGUGUUGCGUUCAUCUGAGGAACACAAAGAAAAACUCAAAACGGAUUCACUGCAAAGACUUCAUGCUACCCAUAACUUGAUGGAAUUGUUGACAGCCAAGCACCCAGGGAUACCUCCUACCCUCAGAGAUGGCAGACUUGAGGAAGAGGCCAAACAACUCCGAGAACAUUACAUGAGCAAGUGUAACACAGAGGUUGCGGAAGCCCAGCAAGCUUUGUUGCCUGUGCAGCAGACUAUCCGUGAUCUCCAGAGAAAGAUUCAUUCUAAUUCUCCUUGGUGGCUGAAUGUGAUACACAGAGCAAUAGAAUUUGGUAUUGAAGAGGAACUUGCUCAAAGAGUGCGAAAUGAAAUAACCAGCAACUACAAGCAACAAACUGGCAAGCUCUCUAUGUCAGAGAAGUUCCAUGACUGCCGAGGACUUCAGUUCUUACUGACAACACAUAUGGAAGAGCUCAGUAAGUUCCAGAAGCAAGUGAGAGAGGCUGUAAAAAACCUGGAGGGACCUCCAUCUCGGCAUGUUAUUGAGUCUGCAACAAUCUGCCAUCUCCGACCAGUCAGACUUCCUCUCAACUGCUGUGUCUUUUGUAAGGCUGAUGAAUUGUUUACAGAGUAUGAGUCGAAACUAUUUUCUCACACAGUCAAAGGCCAGACUGCAAUAUUUGAGGAGAUGAUAGAAGAUGAAGAGGGACUGGUGGAUGACCGAAUAACUACCACCAGUCGUGGUCUCUGGGCAAUAAGUGAGACAGAGCGAUCUAUGAAAGCUCUACUGUCGUUUGCAAAAUCACACAGAUUUGAUGUGGAAUUCAUUGAUGAGGGAAGUAAUUCAAUGGAUCUCUUUGAAGCUUGGAAGAAGGAAUAUAAGUUGCUUCAUGAAUAUUGGAUGGCUCUGAGGAAUCGUGUGUCUGCUGUUGAUGAACUUGCAAUGGCUACAGAACGACUAAGAGUCCGUGAUCCUCGGGAGCCAAAGCCCAGCCCACCAGUUCUUCACAUCAUUGAACCACAUGAGGUAGAACAGAAUCGUAUAAAACUGCUAAAUGAUAAAGCUGUUGCUACAUCCCAGUUGCAGAAAAAGCUUGGGCAGCUUCUUUACCUAACUAACUUGGAAAAGUCUCAGGACAAAACAUCAGGAGGUAUUAAUCCAGAACCUUGUCCAAUCUGUGCUCGGCAACUGGGAAAGCAGUGGGCAGUACUGACCUGCGGGCACUGUUUCUGUAACGAGUGCAUUUCAAUUAUUAUCGAACAGUACAGCGUGGGGUCUCAUAGGAGCUCCAUUAAGUGUGCUAUCUGCCGCCAGACCACGUCUCACAAGGAAAUCUCCUAUGUCUUCACCUCAGAGAAAGCCAGCCAGGAAGAAGACAUCCCUGUGAAGGGCAGCCAUUCUACAAAAGUGGAAGCUGUGGUUAGAACUCUGAUGAGAAUCCAGCUUAGAGACCCAGGGGCUAAGGCUCUUGUUUUCUCAACGUGGCAAGAUGUAUUAGACAUUAUUUCAAAAGCUCUCACUGACAACAACAUGGAAUUUGCACAGAUCAGUCGUGUUAAAACAUUUCAGGAGAACCUGUCAGCAUUUAAGUAUGAUCCCCAAAUCAAUAUUUUGCUGCUGCCCCUGCACACAGGUUCUAAUGGAUUAACUAUCAUUGAAGCAACUCAUGUGCUCUUGGUGGAGCCCAUAUUGAACCCUGCCCAUGAGCUUCAGGCCAUCGGAAGGGUGCACCGGAUUGGACAAACAAAACCCACUAUUGUACACAGAUUCUUAAUAAAAGCGACAAUAGAAGAAAGAAUGCAAGCAAUGCUGAAAACUGCUGAAAGGAGUCACACGAACCCUUCCGCAAAGCAUUCCGAGGCCUCUGUCUUGACCGUGGCUGACCUGGCAGACCUCUUCACCAAAGACACCGAAGACCUUGAAUGA